AACCAUCUCUCUCUCUCUCUCUCUCUCAUAUUAUUCUCUCUCUCUCUAGUGUACACAAAAUUACGAACCCUCCCCUUUUUUAUAAUCUUGUAUAAAUACCCUCACACAUGCAGCAACUCUCUUACACACCGAGUCACAACUCUCUCUCUCUCUCUCUCUCUCUCUCUUUCUCUCACUCUCCCUUCUGUUUGCUCUGAUUUUUUUUUCUGCAUAACCCAUCUCUCUCUCAUGGCAGAAAUCGACUACCAAGCUAAAGCAACCAGUGCUCCCACAAAUGGACGCUUAAAGAUCUUUGGCUUUAACGUAUCAGAGGACGAAGACGUAGAGUCAUCCAAAACUCCAUCUGGGUCACCAGAAUCAGGGGGUUUUCCAGCAACUGGUGACCGGAAAUACGAGUGCCAGUACUGUUGCCGUGAAUUUGCCAACUCACAAGCAUUAGGUGGUCACCAAAACGCUCACAAGAAAGAGAGACAGCAGCUCAAGCGCGCUCAAAUGCAAGCCACCCGAAACGCCGCCACUUCCUACAUCCGAAACCCCAUGAUAUCUGCGUUCGCGCCGCCCCCCCAUCUCCUGGCUCCGGCGGGGCCUGUGGUGGUUCCGGCGGGGGCGGCGCCGCAGUCGGCUUCCUGGGUGUACGUUCCACGUGGGCCGCCGCCGUUCCACGUGUCUCACGGGUGUGUAUUCCCUUCAUCUAGUGGGAGAGGUGCCGCUACGCUAUCGUAUGCCGGCGGUGUCGGGGAGUCAACACUAACGACGUCGGCUCCACAGUCUAGAGCUCAUGGAAGAGUGGAUGCGCCUUCAUUGAGCAGGUUCUCUAGAGGCGACGGUGGCCCCACUUUUGAUGAUGCAUUCGGCUUGGAUUUGCAUCUUAGCCUCGCCCCAGCUGCGCCUUGACUUUUGGCUUGGCUUCUUUAGUUAUAUGGCUCUGCUUUGUUCUCCUGGCUCCACUGGACUUAACUCAAAAGCUGAUGUUUAUUUCCCCAGCCAGAUCAUGUAAAUUUUCAAAUCUAUUUAUUAAUUUUUUUUUUCUUCCUUCA